CAUCAAUGAAAAGGAAGUGUCUGUACUUUUGAGGAGUCAUACUUAGAGAAUUCAUGAAGACCAUUCUUAAUACUGGCAAAUAAAGUUUUCGAGGGGAGUAGGAAUCCCAGGAAUCAUGGUUCAAGAAUACAAAGCAAACCAAGGGCAAGAUGUUUCUGCUGAUGGAUUCUCAACCGCUGGCUAUGACAAUCAAGGCUACAGGGAGGAUGAGAAUGAAGACACUGGUCAUCCACAGAAAGGAGAAAAACAGAGCAAGAAGAAAGAAAAGAAGCUAAGAAAGGCAGUUGGAUUUUUUGAACUGUUUCGCUUUGCAGAUCGAUUGGACACCCUGUUGUUAACAGUAGGGCUGAUUUGUGCAAUACUACAUGGAGUUGCUUUGCCCCUCAUGAUCAUUGUUUUUGGAGAAAUGACUGACAGUUUUGUCAGAAGUGGUAUCGUGCCUAACAUCUCCACUGCAGCAUUUAACAACCGUUCAACAGAUACAUGUUUUGAAAUACCUGGACUGGAUUUGGAAGCUGACAUGACACGGUUUGCCCUCUAUUUUAUGGGACUUGGAUUCGCUGUCCUGAUUUUUGGCAGUUUUCAUGUCACCAUGUUUUUAAUCGCUGGCAUACGACAGACUGGAAGAAUAAGACGAGAAUUUUUCCAUGCUAUUCUUCAUCAAGAAAUGGCUUGGUUUGACUCAGUCCAAAUAGGUGAACUAAACACAAGGCUGACUGAUGAUAUAAAUACUGUCAAAGACGGUCUUGGAGACAAGUUCAGCAUAUUCACUCAGUUAUUUAGCACUUUUGUGGCAGGGUUUACUAUUGGAUUUGUCUAUGGAUGGAAGCUUACACUGGUCAUAUUGGCAGUGUCUCCUCUUGUCAUGGUCUCAGUAGCAGCAUGGACAAAGAUCUUGACAAUACUGACCGGGAAGGAACUAGAAGCUUAUGCUAAAGCAGGGGCAGUGGCUGAAGAAGUUCUAAUGGGAAUAAGAACAGUCUUUGCCUUCAACGGACAACAAAAAGCACUAACAAAAUAUGAAGCCAACCUAAACCAGGCUAAAGAUGCUGGAAUAAAGAGAGCUGUCAGCACAAGUAUUUCCAUAGGACUUCAGAACUUUUUAAUUUAUGCUUCCUAUGCUCUUGCAUUUUGGUAUGGGUCCAAACUAGUUGUUGAUGAACCUGAAAAUUAUUCAAUUGGACGAGUUUUGAUUGUGUUUUUUUCAGUGAUCAUAGGAGCCUUCUCACUUGGCCAGGGAGCACCAAACCUAGAAGGUGUUUCAAAAGCUCGAGGUGCUGCUUACAAUGUGUAUAGCCUUAUUGCAAAGCAUCGGCCUAUAGACAGCAGCUCCAAAGAUGGUUAUAAGCCAGAUAGUAUCAAAGGAGACAUUGAAUUCAAGAAUAUUUACUUCACCUAUCCAACUAGACCAGAUACAAAAAUUCUUAAGGGCUUGAACAUGAAAGUAUGGAGUGGACAGACCGUUGCAUUGGUUGGAGCUAGUGGUUGUGGUAAAAGUACAACAAUUCAACUGUUCCAGAGAUUUUAUGAUCCAGAAGCAGGAGAGAUCACUCUUGAUGGGCAUGAUAUCCGUACUUUGAAUGUGAAGUGGCUGCGACAACACAUCGGCAUUGUGAGCCAGGAACCAAUAUUGUUUGCCACAACAAUUGCUGAAAACAUACGAUAUGGUCGAGAGGAGGUAACUGAUGCAGAGAUUGAGCAAGCUGCAAAGGAAGCAAAUGCUUUUGACUUUAUAUCAAUGCUUCCUGAUAGAUUUAAUACGAUGGUUGGUCAAAGAGGUGCCCAGCUGAGUGGUGGACAGAAACAGAGAAUUGCUAUUGCUCGUGCGUUGGUCAGAAACCCAAAGAUCCUUCUGCUGGAUGAAGCAACAUCUGCUCUUGAUACGCAGAGUGAAUCAAUAGUGCAGGCAGCAUUGGAUAAGGCAAGAGCAGGUCGGACCACCAUUGUGAUUGCCCACCGCCUCUCAACAAUUCGCACUGCCGAUGUUAUUGCUGCCUUUGACAAUGGCGUGGUCACUGAACAAGGAACACACAGUGAACUCAUGGAAAGAAAAGGGAUCUAUUAUUCCCUGGUAAUGCAACAGAAUUCAUGUGAGGAGAGUGAAAGUGAUGAAGAAACAGAUGAUACUUUGAAGGAAGUGGAACAACCAGAAAAUGAACAGAAAAGUGUAAAGAUUAUCAACAGGAACAGCUUUAAAAGAAAAUCAAGCAGGAAACAUCACCAAUUUGCUUCCACUGAACAAGAACCAACAACAGAGUCCAAUGAGCAAGAGAAGGAACCGGAGGAAAACUUGCAAGAAAUUUCAUAUUCAAAAAUUCUUUCUUUGAACAAGCCAGAGUGGCCAUACAUUGCUAUAGGAGCUCUCACUGCCGUAGUGUCUGGUGCUGUCUCACCAGCGUUUGCUGUUGUGUUUUCCAGGAUUAUUGGGGUUUUUUCAAUCUUAGACCCUGAGUUGAAACGACAGAGGACUGCUAUGUUUUCGCUGAUAUUCCUGGCUCUAGGUGCUAUUUUCUUUCUGAGCUACAGUAUACAGGGAUACAUGUUUGGAAAGUCUGGAGAAAUCCUAACUAUGAGGCUGCGUGGAUUAUCCUUUAAAGCCAUGUUGCAUCAGGAUAUCAGUUGGUUUGAUGAUCACAAGAAUGCUGUUGGUGUGCUAAUAACCCAUCUGGCUACAGAUGCAUCACAGGUUAAAGGGGCAACUGGAAUACGACUUGGUACGAUGGCAAUGACUGUUUGCACUUUUGCCGUAGCUUUAAUUCUUGCAUUCAUUUUUGGCUGGCAGUUAACUCUUCUCAUCCUGUGCUGCAUCCCAUUUCUUUUUGCUGCAAAUAUUAUUGCAAUGAAAUCAGUUCUUGGGCACGCAUCUAAGGACAACAAAUCCCUCGAAGAAUCUGGAAAGAUUGCAACAGAAACAGUAGAAAACAUUAGAACUGUGGUAUCUUUAACAAGAGAAGAUGCUUUUUAUAAAAAAUACAUGGAACAUGUAGAUAAACCUUACAGAGCCGCACUCUCAAAAGCUCCACUCUAUGGCUUCAGCUACGGUUUGGCACAAUGUAUUGCAUUUUUUGUUCAAGCUGCAGUCUUUCGAUUUGGAGCAUGGCUCGUUGUAAAUUGCUUCAUGGUUUUUGAAGACGUGUUCUUGGUUUUUGCUGUCAUUGUAUUUACUGCUAUGCAGUUGGGACAAGCUUCAACUUUUGCACCAGACUAUACCAAAGCUAAAAUCUCAGCACAAAAGAUAUUCCGUCUUUUAGAAAGGAAGCCACUUAUUGAAACUUACGAUGAAGGAGGAGAAAAACUGAGCAAGUUUGAAGGGAACAUUGAGUUCUGCAAUGUGAAAUUUGCAUACCCUACACGACCAGACAUACAGGUCCUGAAAGGUCUGAAUGUCCAAGUUAAUAAAGGCCAAUCUCUGGCACUUGUUGGAAGCAGUGGAUGUGGAAAGAGCACAUCGAUUCAGCUACUUGAGAGAUUUUAUGAUGCUGUAGAUGGACAAGUGUUGGCCGAUGGGAAAGAUGUAAAAUGUCUUUCCUUGUCAUGGCUGAGACAACAGAUUGGAAUCGUAUCCCAGGAGCCCAUACUCUUUGACUGUAGCAUUGCUGAAAAUAUACAAUAUGGUGACAACAGCAAAACUGUAACUCAGGAAGAGAUUGAAGAGGUUGCAAAAACAGCUAAUAUUCACAGUUUCAUACAAAGCUUAACUGAAGGGUACAACACCCGAGUUGGAGAUAAAGGCACACAACUCUCUGGUGGUCAAAAACAAAGGAUAGCCAUUGCACGAGCCCUUAUACGUAAACCAAAGAUCCUACUCCUUGAUGAAGCAACAUCUGCCCUGGACACUGAAAGUGAAAAGAUUGUACAGCAGGCCUUGGAUAAGGCAAGGCAGGGUCGAACUUGCAUUAUCGUUGCCCACCGGCUGUCAACAAUCCAAAAUGCUGAUGUUAUUGCUGUGAUACAGAAUGGUAAAGUUGUGGAAAAGGGAACUCAUAGCCAACUUCUUAGUAAAGAAGGAGCUUAUCAUGCACUUGUCCAUGCUCAAGUUCAACAUUAAUGUGAAUGUUGUCGAACUGAUUUCUAAUGGCAUUGGAGUGUGUUUCACUUGGUACUCUGCUAUUGUAACUGCACAGGUUCCAAGGAAAUUUAUUUGUACAUGUUAACUUUGAGAAUUAAAAUUUUAGUUGGAAGAUUCUCUUUGAUUUAAGAUUUCAUGUGAUGGUGCAAUUUGAUGAAAUAUUAUGCAAAAAUGUGAUUUUCUUUUAUAUUAAUUAAAAUUUUCCUCUGAGGUUCAAAUAGCAGAUAAUUGUUGUUGCCUAUUUGGUUUUGAGUUAAAGUUCUCCAACAUACAGUAGAAAUUGUGUUAUCAUACAUUCAAUAAAAUUAGGGGUGCCUGUAAAUAAAAAUAUCACUUGCUGGGGAGUUACCACAAUGACAACAAUAAAGUGAGAAAGGGUUUCAGAGCAACAUUGAGGGCUGGAGGGCCUGUACUGCGCUAUAAUGUUCUAUCUUCUAUGUUCUAGACAUAGAAGAAUGUAAAUUGACAUGAGUGCUUUUGAGUGCCUCAGAGAGAAAGAGCUAUUAGCAAUAAACCACAAAUAUAUAUUUUGUGUAACUAGUAGAGCAAUCAAUAACUAAAUCACCACAAAUAGUACAGAAAGAAAUAUGUGACUUUUAAACAAGUACUGCUCAGUAAUUGGCGUGUUGACUUGUUCCCAUGCACCACAUUAUGGCUUUCUGCGGAGAUGUAUUUUUGCAUUUUGUGAGCAGCUCAACCACACACCUUGUUGGCAAAAGAAAAAAGAAGUCCAAACCAUGCAAAUGGAAGCUAUGAGUCUCAAUUCAGAAUAUCACCCUCAACACAAAGUCAGAAUGUUUAAAAUAUACAUGGUUUGCUCUGAACAAAGGGUGUAUCAUUCUGGUUGGUGGAGAAAUUUACUUGCACCAGUGCUGGAUAACAAAAUUUAAUUGUUUUUCUUGUUUUAUUAUUGACUAUUGUAAUGUGAAUAAUUUUGAUUGUCUUGGAAUAGUUCUGCUUUUCAAUUGAUUUUCAAAGUCUAGUAUGAGCUGUCCCUUCUUUUUCUUUUCAUGGGCUGUGGACUUUGCCUUGUCAUUUUGUCCUCAAUGAUAGUACACGUAAAGUCACCAUAGUCUCAAAGGGUAAAAAGUGAGGUCUGCAGAUGCUGGAGAUCACAGUUGAAAAUGUGUUGCUGGUUAAAGCACAGCAGGUUAGGCAGCAUCCAAGGAAUAGGAAAUUCGACAUUUCGGGCACAAGCCCUUCAUCAUUACAGAGAGACAAUGGGAGGUGAUAACUCAGUUAAUGAACAAGAUUGAAAUGGCAGGACCUUUGGGGUAGCCUAAGCUGGUGUUGGAAUUGAGUAAUGCUGUUGGUGUUAAUCUGUAUUGUAAUCUCGAAAUCCAGCCAACCGGACUAACCUUUUAGUAGGCCUCUACUUUAGAGUAGGUGUAGAUUGUGUACUGGACUUGGGAAAGGAUCCAACAACUUCAGAGAUAAUGAUGACAAGAAUUGAUGUAAUUUCACUACCCAUGUGUCUACAGCCCCAUGAUUUGUAGACAACUGCACCAACUGCACCCUUCCAUACUCUGGUAUUGUCCAGUAUUGUGUGUGUGUGUGUGUGUGUGUGUGUGUGCGAGACAGAAAAGGCAAGAUAUUGGAACAAAGAACUAGAGAGAAAGACUGAACAAUCAGGGAUAUUAGAGCCAUAGAUUCCCUACAGUGCAGACCGAGGCCAUUUGCCCAAUCAUGUCUGCACCAACUCUGAAGAACCUCUACCCACUCUAUCCUACUACACCAUAUUUACCUCAUCUGCAAUUUAGCACGUACAACAUCCUAACCUGUACAUCUUCAGAAUGUAGGAGGAAAUGUGAAAACCCAAAGGUUUUAUGGUUAGGGGCUUUAUUAAAGAGACACUUCACUUACUGCCACAUAGGGCAGAUGAAAUUUUAUAUGCAUGAAAUAGGGAUAGUGGGUUGGGCAUCCCUGAAUUAAUGACCCGGAUACCAAUUGCAGUUAUAAGGAGACAUGAAGUAUUCAAGCACUUGUCAGCAGCAUGGUAGCUCAGUCGUUAGCAUUGCUACCUCACAGCACCAGGUACCUGGGUUCAAUUUCAGCCUUGGGUGACUGUCUAUGUGGAGUUUGCAUGUUUUCCCUGUGUCAGUGUGGGUUUUCUCCCACAAUCCAAAGAUGUGCAGGUUAGGUGAAUUGGCCAUGCUAAAUUGCCUGUAGUGUUCAGGAAUGUGUAGGUUAGGUACAUUAGUCAAGGGGGAAUGGGUCUGGGUGGGUUGCUCUUUGGAGGGUUGGUGUGAACUUGUAGUGCUUCUACACUAAAGGGAUUCCAUCCUAUUAUGCCUGCCUCAUUUCAUUUUAAUGGUGAAGGUACUUUGGAUACAUCAAUUGAAUUGGAUCAAUUGAAUACCUUAUGUAAGAUAUGGAAUCUGGCAGACAUAGGGAGAACAUCCAAAAUCGACACAAAAGGUCACUCCAGGGUGGAAUUGAACCUAGGUCCCUUGCAUUGUGAGGCAGCAGAGCCAACCACAGUUCUAUUAUGCUGUCUGUUCUGUAGAAAACAGUAGGAAAAUCCUUUAAAUUAUGAAAAAGGUUGAUAGGAUUAGCAUGGAGGUUGUAUCAUGAGGUAGUUUGAAACAAGGCAUCAUAAAUACAAUAAAACAUUGAUUUUUAAAAAUAAUUCACACAGAAGUUGUUUAGUUACAGUGGUAAGAAGGUGAAAGCUGCUAAGACAGACUGGUAAUGAAUAAUAUUAAUGCAUUUGAAAAUAAGGAUAGAAUAAGUAGCAUAAGAUUGGAAGAAAUCUAAUAGAUCUAAAGUAUGUGCAUAUUUCUGUCAAUGGGUUAAAUGGUCUGUUUCAUUGCUUUCAAAUGCGAUAAUCCUAUGAAAUUUUUCAGUCAUGAUUACAUAAGUAUAAUUGAAUAAAGAUAAGCAUGAAUAAUCC